UAAAUACGGAAUAAUAAAUACGGAGUGUGUAACGAAUCAUCAUCAUCCCCACUGUUUUCUACGUUUGGCUCAUUCUCACCGGUCGCCAUCUCCACGCUCUCCUUUCUGCUGCUUCUGCUAUUCAUCUGGAGCUUCCUUUUCCCGCAUCAAAAGUUACUCUCCUUUCGCUGCGCCUGUCGGCUACUUCCUUCUCUCUGUUACAUUCUUCAGCAAACAGUAGGUUUGUUCCCCGCACAUUGCCUUUCAUGUUUUGUCUUCAAUGGCGUAUGGAUAGUGAUGUUUUUUGGCAUUGAGUCCAGCUACUUAUCUUCUGGUUAUCUUCUGCAGUUUUAGUCGAUUUCUGCACUUUCCUUCCGUUUGUGUUGCGGUUUUCUGGAUUCCGUUUUACAUUUCUGGUUUACGUCGAGGCCGACCUGCGAAUGUUAGAUUUAGGGCCGGUUUGUUCGAGUUUUAGUUCGAUGUAUUCUUUCUAUUUAUUGCUCUAUGUUUUCAUUUUUGAAUGAGUAGUGUUUAUCCAUGUUCAGAGUUCUCGGUCAAAUAUGUGUUCGGAUUAUGUAAAUGCGAGUAUUUCUAGGAAAGCUGCUUAUUAGUGUGGUUAUGGAGAUGCUUCAAUGGGAUUUUGAGUUGAAAGUGUAGUUUCCGUUCAUUUUGUGAGGUAAGGAUUGUGUAAUGUCAUAAUACGAUAGGAUUGACAAAGGCGAGGAUGAACAGGAAAUAGCUAACAUCCAAAGUAGUAGGACUGUAAGGUGGGGCUCUCUCUGGCUCUGCUUGCCGCUUCUGAACAUCCUACUUCUGGAAUAAGGCCAUCAUCCAGCGGAUGUGAGAGACCCCUACUCACGACUUCGUGGAGAGGAGAUUAAUUAACUAUUUGAAUCCCGUAACUAUAUUGACCCCAAAAACACUUGGGCACCCUUUGGCGAGUGGUGAAAUUACUGAAACUUAUAUAAAGUGAAAGUGUUUGGUAAUUACUUUGGCUGAAAUGACUGCUAGGUUGUGUAAAAGCAGAAUAAAACCAGAAUAAAAAAGGCUUAAGUAGUCCUUCAUGUAGUGGGCUAUACUAAAACCGGUUUCAUCAGCAUAAGUAUCUUAUGCUAAUCCUUUUCUAGCUGAAAAUCAUAAACAGUGGAAUCAGCCAAAGUGGAAGUGGUUGGUGUUUUAUUGGCUUCAGAUUACGCUUAUAAGCCCAUUUGGUUGUACAUAACACCUCUUUAGUAUAUUUUUCCAUUAUGAUUUAUCAUGUACCACACAACUCAAUUAAUCCAAUUACUGUCGAAAAUGCUGAAUGAAUUGAUUGUAUAGCUGCGUUUGAAGUUAUUUAUUCCCACAGACUAGUUGAUGUUCAUACUUUGUUAAGCUAUCUGUUUUUUUGCGGAGCUCAUAGAGGGCGUAUCUCAGAUCCUCAGCUAAAAAUGGUCUAAGAAUCCACUUGGAUAAGCCAUUCUUUACUCCAAUGCCUGUCGUGAGCAAUCGUUAUAUUCUUCUUUCUUGCAUCUCUUUGGUCAUCAUCAUUGCAAUAUGUGGUUUUGGACUUGAAUGGAGGGAGACAGGAAUGUUUUGGCACCAAUCCCAGGGAGAUGGGAACAACAUAACCACUAGUAUGAAACCAGAGAAGGCGUAUAGAAGCCACAGAAAAAUUCUAGUCCAUGGAUCUUGCACGAACAAGGACAUAAGCAUUUCACAGAGCACAUACUCAACAACCGGGAUACCACAGUAUGUAGUUGAGAUAGUAAACACAUGUUUUUCUGGGUGCUCCCCUUCCAACAUUCACCUCCACUGCGAUUGGUUUGCCUCCGCAAGAAUAGUGAACCCAAAUGCAUUUAAGAGGCUCAACUAUGAUGACUGUUUGGUAAAUGAAGGAAAGCCUUUGAAGACCAGUCAAAUGAUCAGAUUCACCUACUCAAACACAUUCCAGUACCCGAUUGCUUUCAAGUCUGCCAAGUUUUGCUGAUCGCCCGGACUUGCCAAUAACUAAUAUAACUUCUCCAUCCUAGUAUAGAUAGAGCCUGGCUAAUAGAUGUUCUUUCCCCCAAGUCUUGAGGUGUGAUUGGAUGGACAUAGAAAUAGUUACAAACCGAGGUGGAGAAACUAGUCUCGUGUUUCUCCAAAUGCUCGUUUUUUGGUCGUAUAUCUCUAGCUGUGAAUGCUUUAGGUAAAGCUAAUUGAUCUUCCUAUGUCUGAUCGUCCUAUAUGUAUACCCACAUAGAAUGUCCUACGUAAAUGCAAGCAGGUGUUUCAAUUUACCAUUCCUCUAGAGGAAUAGAGGAUGUGCUAUGCUUGCUUACUUAUUACCAUUCAACACUACUUUUGUUUGCUUUUCUUUCCUCAGUUACUCCAAUUUUACCUACCAAGGGGAGGGAAAAUCAAAAUAGUGAAUACUCUUUUUCCUGUUUCCCGGAUUCAAAUUUGAUUAAUUCUCAUUAGUAUUAUUAUCUAGUUUAC